ACUAACCGUGUCCACCCAAUUUGUUCCGUACUCAUCGUCCAGCACAGUGCAGAAGUGUUGUCUGCCUCUAUUAUCUAGGUAUUUUCCAGUGUCUCUCCACUCAUAGAAAUGCUAUCGAAACGAGUCAUCGCUGCCGCCCGCAGUCGUGCAUUUUUCGCUAGUAGAAAUGCUCAAUACACUGCUGUAUCAUUGUCGAAAGGAUGGAGAGUUGCCGACUCGCAUGUCAGACGUGCACAGUUCCAUUCCAAGACCGUCAAGGUCCCGCAAAUGGCCGAGUCCAUCUCUGAAGGUACACUCCGAUCAUGGUCAAAACAGGUUGGGGAUACCGUCGAGGCUGAUGAGGAGGUUGCGACCAUUGAGACGGAUAAGAUUGAUGUCAGUGUCAAUGCGCCUACAGCAGGGAAGAUCGUGGAGCUACUCGCAAAGGAGGAAGACACUGUCAGCGUUGGCCAGGACCUCUUCAUAAUUGAACCUGGCGAAGGUGGUGCAUCUGCUCCUCCUCAGGAGCAGAAGUCAGAUUCUGAAGAACCUAAGGAUCAACAACUGGACAAGACGAUACCAGAACCACCCGCACCAUCAGCUACCGAUAAGCAGAGUGGCGGCAUCCCUCCAGAAGGACCUAAAGAAUCCAAGAAGGAGGUGAAGCAAGACUCGAAACCAAAGGCGGACAAGUCAAAAACACCUCCGCCUGUGCCAAAGGCCCCUGGCAAUCGGGGCGAGACAAGAGUUAAGAUGAACCGUAUGCGCCUGCGCAUUGCCGAGCGUUUGAAGGAGUCACAAAAUGCUGCCGCUUCGCUCACGACCUUCAAUGAGAUUGAUAUGUCCUCUCUCAUGGAGAUGCGAAAGAAGUACAAGGACGAAGUGCUCAAAGAACAUGAUGUCAAACUUGGCUUUAUGAGUGCGUUCGCUCGUGCGUGCACUCUGGCACUCAAGGAAAUUCCCGCUGCAAAUGCGUCCAUUGAGGGUGACGAGAUUGUCUACCAUGAUUUCGUUGACCUGAGCGUCGCUGUCGCGACGCCGAAGGGCUUGGUCACCCCAGUAGUGAGGAAUGCUGAGGGCAUGGGCUUCGUUGACAUCGAGAAGGAGAUUGCUGCUCUCGGAAAUAAGGCCAGGGAUGGUAAAUUGACUCUCGAGGACAUGGCAGGAGGCACAUUCACCAUUUCCAAUGGCGGUGUCUUCGGCUCAUUGUACGGAACGCCCAUAAUCAACUUGCCACAGUCUGCUGUACUUGGCAUGCACGCGAUCAAGGACAAACCUGUCGUUGUCAAUGGCCAGAUCGUCAUCCGACCCAUCAUGGUCGUCGCCCUCACCUAUGACCACAGACUACUCGAUGGUCGGGAAGCAGUCACCUUCCUAGUGAAGGUCCGUGACUACAUCGAGGAUCCUCGGAAAAUGCUUCUUGCAUCGAGCUGAGCUUUCCUUGGUGAUUUUUCCCCUUGUGUUUCUAUUUAUUCAUUCUAUCUUUGACUUUGGGCUCUUGAAGUAUGAUCUUGUGAUGCAUCAGAUAUGCUACUACGAGGAUGUGUUCCAAGAUGUACUACAAUGAGUACCAGGUCCUUCAUGCACAAGGAUCCACUUGUCUAGUAUUCCGCCUCUGAUUAUUUGCAUAAAGUUCAAGAGUGACAUGCUUUUGUCUAUUUACCCCCUUGCAUUUCUUUAUUCUUUAUUGUCAAUUUGUUGCCCACAAUACAGUAAGUACUUGGUCACGAAGCAAAACUAAGUUAAAGUAAUGUUAACUUGGCAUCCAUCAAAG